CGACCAUUUUGUGUAUGGUAUAGUGAGGUAUCAUCUAUACAAGGAUCUGAUUACUUCCGAGGCAAACCUCCUCUUUGAUUAGGGUAAGAAACUCUGCACUCUUAAAAUUAUUUCAUUUGUCCGUAUGUUAUUUAAAUUCCGACUUGAUGCAAUUCCACCCGUAAGAAAAAAUUUAAACUCUUCCCAGAGAAAGCUCUCAGUUGCAUGAUUUUUAAUAUACCUAACUUUAUAUUUAGUAUGUGCUAUAACUCUUCCUUAUAAUAACUCGAAAAUUUACCAGAAAAGUGCGUGGAACAGUAAUCCACACUGGUGUCGCUAGUCAAAAUCUCUAAGAAAGAAAGAGGCACACGAAAGUGUAACCGAAAAGGUUCAAUCAAACGAACAGCUGACAUCUUUAAAAUGCACCGGAAAGUAGUGAAUGCAUGUCGAGUUUCCCUUAACUACACUCUUUCACUUUCAUCUUGUUAUUUUCGAGUUCACAGUACUUUGCAACAGUUACAAAUUUUAUGUUUGAGCAAACGUGAAAGCGUAUCAGUUUUAGCCACUUUCAUAUUUAGGCGCGUUCAUAUGCGGAAAUGUUUAUUAAAUGAUUGAUAAGCGAUGUAUUUGUCUUUAAAGUAAGAAAGAGCACUUCCUCUCGGUCUAAUGUGUCACAAUUUUAAGAACAUGUUUUAUUUCUGGAAAUUACAGACAGCUAACUACUGUCAAGAUCCCUUAAAGAUAAACUUGAGAAAGCCUGGCAUACAAGUAUUGCGAAAUUUUCAGGAUAUUGCCUUUAUUUCUAUUGCUCUUGAAUUCUAGAUUGGGGCUAUAUAACGGUAAGCACAAAGAAAGUUUAACAUGGAGGACCCUAAUCUACAGAUGAGACAGACUGGUUUGAUUUCAACUACUUAAAAAAGUGUACCAGGACUUCUUAAAAUUUUGGAAAUUGUACGUGAUGGUAACAUUUUUUAACACAACAAGUCAAGUGAUCAGUUUUGAUUUUAUAACUGGAAGAAUGUUUGAAGCGCUGCUUUUAAUUUAUUCAUGAUGGACAAUUUGUGAAGGGGGAGGGGGCAGGUAUAAAAAGCCCAAUGCCAAAUAGCUUAUUUGCUAUCAAAAUGAUCCACACUAGGCUACAAGAGCUUUUAUUCAAGAAUUGAGACCAUUUAUUCAUGAAUUGAGACCAUAAUCCUUGUUAAAACCUUUAACUCCCAAAAUCUCACUAGUUACUACCCCUUUCUUUUUCCCCUUAAAAUUUUAGCAUGUUAGUUUUGAGAAUUUGGUGUUGGAUCAACUGAUGAUCCCCAGAUUGAUGGAUGAACAAUUGCUACCAUUGUGCAUUAUCUGUUCUGAGAUGCAAACAGUUUGCCCAGAGCAUAGCAUGAGGAAAACUGUGAGCUCUAUGGAACAGAUGAAGUCCAAGGACAAUUAUCCAUGCAUAUUUUUGUAAUCCUUCGAUUAUUUUUCCAACAAGUGGGGAAAAUGUUUACAAACAACUUACUGUUUACAGCAUGGAUGUUUACUUUUCAGUGUUCUUACUUUAUGAACAAACAAACAUUUCCCUUCUGUAACAGUAACUAAAUGCCUUUCAUCUUAGAUUCAAUUUGAACAGAUGCUUUUACCAUGGUAGGCUUCAGGUUUAAAAAUUGGUGAAUAUCACUUUGGGUAUAUCCUUGGCUAUUACAAUGAGUUUAAGCUAGGGCAUUUUCAAUCAUGUGAUGCAUUUAGACCAAUGGCUUGCAUGCAAAAACAUUUGAUGGAUCAUAAGUUUCUUCAUUCUCAUCUCUUGUCUGCUUGAUAUAAUUGUAUUUAUAUUGUAAGGAGAAAUUCAUAAGAGUUAAAGAGCGCAUGCCAUGGUGAGUGAGUAACUUUGCCUUUUUUUCUCAUCCAGCUUGGCCUUCUGUUAGCAUUUGCCUGCCUUUCUGGCUUUACACUGCAUUACAACCGACUCUCGAUAUGGUGGAAGAUUUGACUUCUUUUACUUUGCAACCAUCACAUCAUGGCUGGUGGUAAUAUUUCUGUUCAUCUUGUUUUUGCUCCGGCUUCAUGAGAGGAUCGCUAUCAACUGGAACUUUUUUGUAAGUUGGUGAUCAUUUGGUACACAUUUACCUUUGAUAUAAAGUGCAUUUUGACUGAGUGUAGCGUAAGCUAAACCAAAUUAGUCUCAACAGGCAAUCAGAGCAAAGGAAGAUAUCACAAAACUGAUGAGAAUUCAAAGUAAAAACAUUGGCAAACUGCCCACAAGGAAACUUGAAUUAUCAAGAUGCAACUGGUUUUAGUUUUGAAUCAGAUUGUUUGAGAAACUGGCACAAUUUUAAUAACUCAAUUGAUUAAUCCUCAAUUUCUUUUGACACUCACCUGAAAAUUGGUUUAUGAUUUUACAAUUAUACAUGUUCAUGCAUCAUUUUUAUGUUCAUCUGACCCAUUCUUUUCAUGUACAAGGAAAAGUUGUCAUGAGGUACAUUGUCAGUAGAACAUCACAAGGAUAACUUGUCAGAAUAUAAAAAACACAAAAAUGCCCUUCUGAAAUUUCUUAAAUGAUACCAAAUUGGAAGUGACUUCCAUCUGUAUCAUACAUUCUUGUAGGCAGAAGACUUCUUAAAAUAAACUCAAACACAACUUGUUGCAAAACUCCUUAUGCCCUUGCAAUGUUGACAAUUGUAGAAAAGAAAGUUCAACAUUGUAGAGGUUGAGAGGGAUGAAAGUAAGAUUAUAUGCUACAAAUUAAACUGAUAUGCAAUUUUGGGAAUUCAUAAAUACACUGUAUGUUGUAGCAGAUUAUUGAUCUCUACUGAAAUGUUAAUAAAACUACAACUGGAUGAUAAGCAAACUUAAGAUAAAAAUCAUUUGAAACAAAUAUGGAAAAAAAGAAAUACCAGAAUUUCCUUAUUAUAUUGGAAGCCCAGUUACAAAAUUAAUUUAAAUAAAGGCCCUACUUUGAUGUUGAUCAUGUUGGAUUCUCCACUUACAUUGCUAAUUGUAGCAGUAUGGGGUAUGCAUGUCAGAAAUGAACCAAGUAUUCGCCUUUGCUCAUCACUAAGUCUUUGUGGCUCUGUGAUAGAGUAUCAGGGCACAGAAUCUAAAGGUGUAAUGGUUGAUUCCUGACAGGAACUCAGUAAUUUUGUUUGACAUACUUCCUGUGACAUGUGGCAAGUGUCUCGUGUACAUUUAGGUUCUGCAGUUUGUAAAAAGGUGUAGAGAUGGGGUGAAAGUUUGAGAUUGGUGACUAGAAUGAUAUAAAGAAAGAUGUUGCAUCGUUUCUAAUAAGUGAAGGAAAAUGGAAAAACUCUCCUUGGUUUUUUUUUUGCUUGUGAGCUACAGUUAAUAUUUAUCUUGGAACAGUGAACUUUCUUGGCAAGACUAACAUAAAAAUUUAUCAUCUUUAAUGUGUUUGUAGAUUAAUACCAAGUCUUUCCAGCUGUGUAAGCUUAGAACACAUGUUUGGAACAAUUCUCUCUGACUUGUCAUGGUUGUUUUGAUCUGUUCAACAGAUGGCAGUAUACUCCCCUGUUACUACCUUUCUUUUGCUACUAGCCUCAUCUCUUGUCCUUGAUACUGCUAUACACUUGAGAAGAGCUGAAAACAAAGAUGGAAGUGGACUAUAUUUUGGACCCUGCACUGUAGAACCUUGUGGCAAUGUUGAGGCAGCUGGGGUAAGCUUUCAGCUCUUUUGUCAGUAUGAAAAAUGAUAAGGGAAUUUUUGGUGAUGCCAUUGUUUAUAUUUUUCUUUAUAAGCACAAAGUUUUAAGGUUGGAAAAAGUUGUAGUAGCUUCUUUUAGUAAAUACUAAAACAGUGGAUAGCCUUGAAGGUGCAAUCUGAUUUGCUAUUCAAAUUCCAAAUAUCAUGUGCUGUUCACCUCGGCAUAAGGUGCAUGGGAUUUGGGCAGGAACAUUUUAUUGUAUUGCAGGAAUAAAUGGUUUUGAAGGAAUAAUAAGUUAAAAUCAUCUUUAUGUGCUUUAUUAUCUUGCUGUUUGAGUGUAUAAUAAAACAACUAUUUACCUUGGUGUCAGUGGCUAGCAGUGGAUACUUAUGGAUGAAUCCACUUAUUAACCACCUAGUUGUUAAAUAACAGGUAUUCUUUGUCAUUUUUAGCUAUGUCUUGAUAAAGGAAAUGUGAGCCAUCAGAUUGGGCAAGAUUUCAGGGCAGCAAAGACACAUUGAUAUGACCAUAUUUUAAAAUGCUGGGUUUUAACAUUAUAUUCCAACUGGUGCUGGUACUGGACUGAAACUUUCAGAGAAAUGUUAUAAAGAAAGGGCCUUUCACUUAAACAGUUGGAAAGUGACUUUCUUUUGUAAUUCAAAAGAUGGUGAAGCAUUCAGUUAUGCUGAAGUAUGAAAAGUUGUGAACAAAAGAUCUUGCACUAUUACUGAGAAUGGAAAAAUAAGAAAGCCAACUUUUUUUCUUGUAUUUUCAUCACUGUUAAAUAAUUUUUUUAAUUAUUCAGCUAUAUCAUGUUUUGGGUUGCCAGAUGGGAAGUGUGAAAAAGGUGGUGCUUGAAACCACUGAUAGUACAAUCUAGACCUCACACUGGGUCAGUAACACUCAUAUUUGCCUUUUUUUUGUGUGUCAGGCAUUUGGAAUCAUUACAAUGGUGUUGUUUGCUGUGGAUACUGUACUGUUCUGCUUGAAGAACAGGAACACAUCGGCAGCAAAGCAGCCAACAUCAUUUGAGGGAGAUAAUAAUGAUGAUGGUCAACCUGUGGAGUCAACUGGAGCAGAAUAUUAACUGAAUACGUACUUGAGGUUAUUUAGCAAUUCAGAGGCUCAUAAUACCCAUGUUAGUGUAACGUUUAAUACGUUUAAUUUUAAGAAUUUUGACAUCUCAAGGGUUGGAUCCAGGAAUGCUUUGAAAGGAGUGACCCAAUAUUCCUUCUUGACCAACCUACCUCUGCAACCCUCCCCUCUUUCCCCUCACACACUCGGUUACAUGAACAAAGAAAUUCAGCCAGUUAAGAGGUUAUCUUAUGUGAUCUUGUCAUGGCAAGAAGUUUAGAGAUCUUGGGAUCUGCUACUGCACCUAGAAAGCAUGAACUUUGAUCAGUGUUCGUACAUCCCCACAAUCAGUGAUUUAUUUAUCUAAAUCUUCUCUACGAUAAUAUUUUUUAUUUUUAGAGAAGUAUAGAUAACCCUCCUCAUUUAUCAGGUGCACCCUGUGUGGUUAUCAUAAUUGUAUACCCAUAGAACCGAUGGGUCUUAUCAUUCAUUGUUUUUAAUUGCUUUUGAGGUGUCAAAGUUCUGAUAAUCGAGUGUAACUUUUGAGAUGACAAUUAUUGAAGUAUUUAUUCAAUAUUUUUAGGUUCUAUUUUUACUGAGUAACUGGCAUUACCCUGGCCGCCUGUCGCCGUUAGUUGCGCAGGUUAUCUAAUUUAAGCUUUUACCAGAUCCUUUAAACAAUUUUCUUGAAAUAAGUAAAACAGCAGGUGAGAGUAGAAAAUGCUUCUCUGAUAUGAAUGUUUGGUUGCGAUGGCUCAGUAUUAUGUCUUCUUGAAAUAUUUUUUCUGAUGUUUUAACUAUUGUUUCUAACGUAUUUAAGAAUGCUCUGAUGUAGAUAUUUGUAAAUCAAGUUAACUUAACAGUGAUGAGCUUAAAUCAUUUGAUUUGAUUAUGAUAUUUUAUAGUUCAGGUUUUGUGCAUACGCUGCGUGUAGCUGGCCAUGGAGAACAAAGAUAUGUAGUGAAAAGUCAGUCCAAAACGUAUUGUAAUAUACAGUUCUUAACUGCAAGAGUACUUUAAUGCUAUCUCUAAGACGACUCGCAUUCCUUUGAUACCGUACAUACAGAAGAAACUUAAAAAUUUGAGCCUCCGUCGGUAAUCUCUAUCUUUGGUUUCAACUGUAAAUAAUGUUAAAGAGAGAUCAUGACUUUCUUUUGCUUUGCAAUUAUGAAGUACAGCUGAACCUGUGUUAAGUGGUCACCCACGGGGAAUCGUGGGCUGAUCACUUAUGACAGGUUCCACAGAAUAGGGGUAUAAAAAACGAUGAAAAAACGUUAUUUUAUGCCAUAAUUGACCACUGAAUGUACAAACACUGGCUCAAAAAAUACUUCUAACCCUGAUGUCUGGAGAUAAACAUGAAUUAGAUUUCACAUGAUAGAUCAUUCUUAGUUUUAUUUGAGUGGUUCCUCUCUCAGUGACCGUUUAAUAUAAGUGGCAGGCAAAACCGACCGCUUAUAUAGGGUGACCGCUUAAUACGAUGUACUUAAUGAUGUACAGUUUCGACUGAAUCUACUCAGAGUAUAACUUUGUAUUCCUGUUUAGUUUUGGUUUUCAUAUUGGGCACGAAUAGCCGUAAUUAUCCGGUGUGUUAAAAUAUAAGCUCGAGACUGUCGUUAGUGUUUUAAUGAUAAGCAUACUUAAACACAGGUUGUGUAAUGAUCGGGAAAUUAAGAAUGCAGAAUUUCUAGCUCAUUUGCAAACGGGAAAAUCCGUUUAUUGACUGCUGAAUUUCAACCAUAUGAGUGACGUGUGUGCUAUUCAAACUUUAUGUUCUGGAUUAAAGUAUGAACAAUUUUUUCAAAUGGCAACUGCAGUGGAAGUAAAAAUUUUAAAUUUGUGUUCUUUGAUCAAAUGGCAGCCUGAAUAAGCUUUCAAACAAAAGAUGAUAACUAGUUUAAAUUAGGUUCGAAGGUUCAUGGAAUUUUAAUUACAAGAGGAGGUUCCAAUGGCUGAAAAAGCGUACGUAACAGACUAUUAACCCCUAUCGUCAGCCAUUUAGAUCUUAUACUUUCCAGAUGGUACGGAGUUUGAAAUCUAAAAUCUGUUAAUAUUCCCUUCUUUAGUUGAGCAAUGAGAUUGAAAUUUCUAUUGGCAGAUAAUUUACCUCACAGAGUUGACAGAAAGCGAGGUCAAACAAAUUCAGUUGUUAGUGAACUCGGCUGAUAAUUUUUCCAAAUUCAACAUUCUGAUCGGAUAGCUUACGUAG